GGUGUGUCAGUAAGUGUACUGUUGUUAUGACAACUUUGUGUGCUUUGCAUGCAAUAAAUGCAACGAAUAUUUGCAACUUUAGACUCAAAGCGCUGUUGUGUUGUGUUGUGUAGUGUUAUGUCUAUUGAUUUGUUCAGUGACUCAGAGACUCACAACUAUAACACUCUCACUGAAUGGCAUUCACUAAAUGUAUGGCCAAUGAGUACAACACUGACUGACAGACUGUACCGACACUACAAUCACUACAUUAACACUACAUUACAUUACAACACCUUAUUAUUGGUGCAAUCAUUUGAAUCAAUGCUCAAACACAACACAUGCCAUAUACUGGACUAUCAAGUGAUCGGCCGGUGCUGUGUUAGGGUGUGAUUGGUGUCAGAGUGACCAACUGUGGGCAUAGCCUACUCAUUGAUGGCAAACAUACUAAACAUCUCACUCUAUGGUUUGGCCGUAUUUUUGGUGGCCAGUUGGGUGUUCGUUUGGAUCAUGCAUUUGAUGGCUAUCUUCAAUGGGUCUGUCUAUCCAUCUAUUGAUGACAACAAAUGUUUUAUUUAUGUUUAUAUGUAUAGUAAGCGCAAACUGCACAAGAAGUGUGAAGUGAUGGCACAAACAGAGUCAGCACUUCCCGGCAUUUCUAUCAUCAAACCAUUGGUCGGAAUCGAUACCAAUCUGUUCACAAAUCUCGAGUCAUUCUUCACUAUGACUUACCCACAGUUUGAACUAUUAUUUUGUGUUCACGACGAGAAAGAUGCUUCGGUAAUGUUUAUCAAUCGUCUUAUUGAUAAAUAUCCCGAAGUGGAGGCCAAGUUGUUUAUAGGCGGUGCCAAAGUUGGUGUCAAUCCUAAGAUCAAUAAUAUGGAACCGGGAUAUAAAGCCGCUAAGUAUGAACUAAUCCUCAUAUCAGACAGUGGCAUCAGGAUGAAAGAGGAUACACUACUGGAUAUGGUAUCAUCGAUGACAGAUGAAGUGGCAUUAGUACAUCAAAUGCCAUUUGUUUGCGACCGAAAGGGCUUUCCAUCAGUCCUAGAAAAAGUGUACUUCGGUACAGCUCACGCACGCAUUUAUUUAUCAGCAGAUUUCUUAAAAAUCAAUUGUCCCACUGGUAUGUCAGCACUGAUGCGGAAGAAACUUUUGGAUGAUGUCGGAGGUAUUGCAGCAUUUGGACAAUACUUAGCCGAAGACUUCUUUUUUGCCAAAUCUUUCACUGAUCGUGGAUGGAAACUUGCCAUCAGUUCACAGCCCGCGUGGCAAAACUCAUGUACUCCUGAUAUCGAUUCAUUCCAAAACAGAAUUACAAGAUGGGCCAAAUUAAGGAUAGCAAUGAUCCCACACAUGAUAUUAUUGGAGCCAUUAUCUGAGUGUCUAAUGCUGGGAGCUAUAGCCGCGUGGGCCGUUAGCUUUCUAGUACAAUGUGACCCAUUUGCUGUCUACUUAUUUCAUCUUUUAUUAUGGUUUCUAUUGGAUUAUGUAUUACUAUGUAUAGUGCAAAAUGGUGCAUUACCAUUUAGUAAGACCGACUUUGUGGUGGCCUGGAUGCUACGUGAGUGCUGUGCACUUCUACUUUUUAUACGAGCUCUUUGGGAGCCCGACAUCAAGUGGAGAACCGGCACUUUUAAGUUAAAGUGGGGGGGAGUGGCACAUGAAGUUAAAACUAAAUUAUAGCAUUGAUUAUACAAUUAAUGUUAUUGUUUUUGAUGUUAUAAUAAUUUUGUGGUCAAUAUUUGAUCGAAAGAAACUUAUUUUUAAUAAUUUACAACAUAAGUGCCUCACAAAUGUUACCAUAUUUUGUUUUCUAUGUUAUAUACUGUAUUUGAUUACAGUAUAUCUAUUUAUAUGGAUUCUAAUCAUUGGCAGUCUAUUUGACAUUAAUUAUUUAAUUUUAUACAAAUCUCAUCACUCAACUCAACAAAUUAUUUCAAAUCAAUCAACAAGUUAUUGAAAGACAUUAUUUUUAUUUGAUAUUAUUAUUAUUAUUUAAAGCCAUUUCAUUGGUUAAAUGUUAAUUGUUUCAUUGAAAUGAGUGCCCAAAUAUUGAAAAAUUUGUGUGAAAUUAAUGAACCGAUUAAUUGUUUAUCAUAUUUUCAAAUAGACAUCGAAAUUAACUUCAUUUUAAUAUUUGUUUGAUUUAUAAUUAUUUGAUCUAAAAUCAUGAAACAAAAAGAGUCAACAAAACAUAUUUAGCAGUAAUUAUAGGAA